GGGAUUGGUGGGGACAUCAAGCUGAUGUUGACAGCUAGUGGAACGCGCGUGGUCAAAAAACGCUCGUGAAUCGUCGCGCACGUGUAGUCGACGGGUCCGUAGGUCCGUUGUCAUGUCGUCAGAGUGACGGGCACCCGUCCGCUCGCUGAGAUACCAUAAUAUGAACUAUGCGACGACGCUCCACGGACGGUCUCGAGUUAGUAGGCGCUGAAGUGUAAUACCACAUUAUACGUAUAUAUGCGAGUUAGUGCCGCAACAUGGCGGUGGUAUAUACGACCCGUGCGUUUCUCCGCUCAUCAUGACUACGUCAUGCCGUUCUGGCUGCCCGCAUUCCUGUCGUGUCCACGGCUCCCUGGCACUCGCAGUCCCACGAGCACGACGUCCGUGAUCGAGCCGUGUCCGUCCACGUCGCAGCCGAACGAGGUUACAACGCCAAGAGAGAGAGAUAGAGUGACGUGUUGCGGAACAAGGGACGAGUCGGACGAACGAACGAACGAACGAGUGAGCGAGCGAGCGAACACAGUCGACGGCGACGAUUGCUACUGUUACUGAUCCGUCUCUGCCUUUGUACGAUCGUUCAGCUUGUUAGAGCAGCUGAUUUGAAGAUACAUCUCAGUGAAUGCACCAGUCCAUCUGUUAGUCAUAUAACUACAUUUUGAAUACUAUUUCAUAACAUAGCAAAUCAUUACUGUGAUGAGAAAGUUUAUACUUGACUUUCCACACGAACGGAACAGUUUGUUAAACUAUAAACACGACUAGGCACUUGCAUGAAACAAGAGUAAGGGAGUAGGUAGAUCAAUUAACAAAUCAAGAAUUUAUUAAUAGAUUUGUCUUUGUCUUAUAAGUAGUAUGCUUGUACAAAGUCCUAUUUCUAUGAAUGACAUUGUCAAGUGGUUAUAUAGGGUUUUUAUUAGCUACAAACAAAUUUAACUGAUACAAUAUAUAUAUAUUUAUAUAUAUAUAUAUAUGUGUAUAUAUAUAUAUAUAUUUAUAUAUAUAUAUAUAUAUAUAUAGCAAUAUCUGAAAUCAAAAUCAAGAAGGAGGGGCAAGUGACUGUGUCAAAAGUCCACAUCAGCACUCAAAGCUGAAUCUUGCCUGCCUCUCCCUGCUUUAUUAUUGCUGACUAAUUGAAGCUGACUCUUCAUGAAGAGAAGUGGACUUUCCAUAGCAGAGCUCAGCAGUCUCAGCCUAGUUAUAGCCAUCGUUAGACCAUAAUAGUUAUUAUUAAAGCUAUUCAUUUCUAGUUCGGAUUCAAUUUGACAUAUUUCUGGAUGUGUUACGACAUGAUAGUGGGUUUGUUUAUCACUCUCAAUAUAAUCUGCCGAAAAAGUUCUGUAAAUGAUUAAAUAAAUGAAGUAGACAAUUGGAAAGAGAUUUAAGAGGAGGAAAGAGGGAGAGAGAAAGAGAAGACGCUAAAAAUAGGUCUGAUAGCUCAUAAGAAAUUGACUUAUGUAUCACGGAACGUUGUUCAAGUUGUAUAUUGAUUGUAAUAUACAAUCGUGCGAAAAUCAUUUGAGAUAAGUGAUCGCAUCCAGUGUUGUUUUUACACUCACUUACGGGACUUCCAGUUCAGUAAUACUCAUUGUUCCCUGCAAGUUGCCUGAAUACCGUAGCGUCUGUUGAGUAAACUUUUUGAUAAUGGCCGAGACACAAAGAGCAACGGUGUACGGGCGGCAUCCUCCGUGCGCGAGCGGCAGCAGACUGGAAGAGCGUCGCGCCAAGAGAUUGGCGUUACGACACGAGAGGAAUCGGAAGCCGGACAAGCCGGACGACUUUGUCUGUUAUGAGUCGAGCGACGACGAAGCGGAGACCGUCACCGAAGGCAAGCAGUUCCUGAGAACUUCGUUCAACUUCGUGGAUUAUGUGCGCGCCCGCGAAACGAACACGCGUGAAGUACGGAAGAUCAAUCAAGAAUACGGCUCCCGGCAUAUACUGACGCACGACCUCUUUAAGGAAUAUUCGGUCAGCCUGAACAAUAUGAACAAGGUAUUUUGUUCGCAGUGGUUGAGUGACAGACAAGUGGUAUUCGGCACCAAGUGUAACAAGCUCAUGGUGUACGACGUGGCGACGCAAAAGCUCGACCAAAUCCCGUCGCUUCACGGAAGACAGCUCAGUCCAGGCGGCAGCGUCGUUCCGGAGCAGCAAUGCGGUAUCCACUCCGUUCAAAUCAAUCCUUCAAGAACCCUUUUAUCCACCGGCGCGAGAAGUAGUAACGAAAUAGCAAUAUACAGAUUACCGACGCUGGAUCCGGUUUGCGUCGGCGAGACCGGUCAUAGAGAUUGGGUGUUCGACAUGUGCUGGUUGGACGACGAGUUUCUAGUGUCGGGUUCUAGAGACACGAAGAUGGCUUUAUGGCGUAUCGACAGCGACCUCGCUGAAGCUCCCGACAAGGCAGACGUACCUACACACAGGUUGAUUCGGCCGGUCUGCGUGAAGGAGUGCAAGUCAGCUCAGAAAGUACGGGCGUUGGCGUUCAAUAAGGCGUACAAGGAGAUUGCAGCAUUGACGCUCAAUAGUUACAUACAUAUCUGGUCGGCCGAGUCAUUCAAACAGAAGAUAUCUAGAAAACUGCCAGCCUGUCAGGAGAACGUUUGUCUUGCCGUACAGGACGACGGUGUUUACGCAAUUGGAUGCCGGUCAUAUACUCUUCUUUUGGACGCACGUACAUUGCAGCCGAUCAAGAAAAUACCGUCGAGAUACAGCGGCUGCGGCAUUCGGUCUGCUAGUUUCCAAGGAUCUGUUUUAACCAUCGGGACCGGGCUGGGGAUGCUAAUGUUUUACGACGUGAGAGCUCAGAAAUAUCUAGAAUCUUCUAUCAACUCCAACAGAACUGUUGUGCUGAAAGCUUCGAAAGGAUACGUGUUUCCGGACGAAGAGUACAUCGACGGUUUCCAAAACGUAAAAUACACUCCUGCUAUUUACACACACUGUUACGACGCAUCCGGUACUCGACUAUUCACAGCAGGCGGUCCAUUGCCUGCAAAUCUCUACGGUAACUACGCAGGAUUAUGGCAAUGAAGGUUUACUACUAAACGAAAUAUAUAGUAAUUGAUAAAUUAAAUUUAUUAUUACGUAAGCUGUAUGUCGUGAAAUGCUUGACCGUGUUAUCCGAGAAAUUAACUUGGAUACUACCAGUAUGUAUUUAAUAUUUCUUAUUAAUUUAACGCAUAUAUAUAUAUAUAUAUAUAUUAUAUAUCUAUAUGUAUUCUUGAAUGGGAGGAGCCAGGUACAGAAAUUUCUCAAAAACACGCUCGCGCCUUUCGACUCUUGUUAAUUUUGUUUUUUUUUUUACAUUUUCUUAACGCUUAUAGUUAAGCGUAAUUCAUUUUAUAUACUAUUAGAAUUUAUUCAUAAUAUAAUAUGAUUAAAAUUUCUGUUAUAUUAAGUAUUUCUAUCACAGUGAAAGAAAUUAUUAUCUUUUUGAUUUUAUAAAGAAUAAUUUGAUUAGAAGGUCGUAGCGCGGUUGCAUAUUGUUCUUUUAAUAUCAAUAUUCAGGUAACCGCGAUAAUUCGGCAUUCCAAAUUAACAUAAGAUUUAAUAUGUCUGUUUAGUUUACAAGAUCUUUAUUGUAACGUAUAUUUAAUUUUCUACAAGAAGAAAAAAUACAAAAUUAUUAUAACGAUGUUAUUGAAUAAAAUUAUCGAGAAGUCGAUUUUUAAAGAAUGUCACAAUAAUUAUUGGUAAAUUGAUAAAUUUCAGUUUUACCCUUCAAGUUGUUUCAGAGAUAAUGGAAUGCCGAAUUUAACCCUUUUAUGACAGUUUGUUAUGACAGAAUGAUUGCCGUGUGGACCGUGUAUACAAACAACCAACCCGUUGCUAAAGCAUUACAUUGUUGCAUAAUCGAAUCUGUUGCUAUAAAGCCUGGGGCUCGAUUCUUGAUAUGCGAAUGAGAUAUGCAUGCGAAAAUAUAUAGUUCACGUUACGUAUACUGUAGAUUUUCGCAUGCGUAUCUCAUUCGCACACCGUCAAGAAUCGGGCUUUUAAUCUACAAUAUGCUCUUUGCGUUCUGUUUCUUGUCUUUUGUCUUUUUCUGGCUUAAAACUUAAGGUGUGAGUCAGAAAGAGAUAAAGAAACAAGAAGCAAAUAACACAUUGUAGAUCAAGCUUAACGGUUCGUCGUUUCUUUUCACAAUGUGACGAGGUAACAAGUAUAAGCUCUACCCGCAACAAAGUGCACACAUUCGCAUUUCGCUCUCCCAUAUGAUAACACUUUUUGGCCAGCUCCGUUGUGGCGGAAAGAUUAACGAGAAAAAUAUACAGGGUGAUUUAGAAAAUGAGUCACGGAAUACAAUGUGCGUAAAAGAAAAAAAAGAACAAACUUAAAAAUUAAAACUGUCUGUAUACAUUUACUCGAAUUUUUUUUUUCAUCCUGUAUCUCUGAUUGUUUAAUUUCCAACAAAUCAAGAGGAAUGAACUAAAUAGAGGGAGUAUAGAUGAAACGUAAUAUUAUCAAUUAUCUGUGUAUUUUAUCGAGGAACUUCAUAUACUAAAAAGAUGAUAAAUUUUGUCAUACAUUUUCGAUUUAUUUACUUAACUAUCGUACUCAUGUCGAAUCGUUUGUCGUCCAAUUUAUCGUUGUCUAAUUUCUCAUUCUCGUCCGGCCUUUUCUGCCUAGUUCGUGCCCAUAUAGAGUAGAAAUAAAUAUUAGAUGAUAUAUAAAACUCUUAAGUUGUUAAACAAGCGAAAUUGUGAUUAAUUCUAUAUGCGAAUAUGAUGUAUAUUGUGUAUUGUAUGCGUUGUUACAGCCGCGUCGGAAUGUUAUUUGUAAUGCAAUUAGCCGAGAUACGCUAGAUCUAUAUAUCGCGACGAUUUAUUUAUCCUAAUUUCAUUUAUUUAAAAUAUAACACGUAAAUAUAACACGUGUGGAUUUCUCUGGGAGAAAAAAGAAAUACGAAUCGGGUUGACUAAAUAGAAAUGACAGAGGUUCUCUCCGUCGCAUUACGAAAGUUUCUUUCUGUAUUGAGACAUUAUGUUACACGCAUGUAAAACGGUACAAAUGGACGUUCGGGAAAGAUGUUUAUCAACGAACUAUAGCAAUGAAUAUUAAGUUUCACAAGAUACAAUCUAUCGAGUUGAAGUUGCAACACCGGCCUCGAAACAAUAAACAUGCAAUGAACUUUUAGUGUGCAUAAACUUACCUUAGCAUAAUAGUACCAAUAAAAUUUUUAACUACAUAUUGCUAUAUCUCGUGUGUAUUACGACAUCGCAAGUCCUAACUAAUGGAAUUUUUUAUUGUAAUUAAUGUAUGUUAGAACGAUAGAGCGAAUGUGAGAGCGAGCGAGCAAGCAAGCGAGAGAAAGAGAAAGAGAGAGAGAAUGUGUUAUCCAAUAACUAUAUAAUUUAAAAAGAAAAAAAAAGAAUCUGAAAUUGAUAGCGCAAUAAUCCUAAGAAUAAUUUCAUUUAACGAGGAAACACAUGAAAAUGUGCCCUCGUCGAUCUCGAUGGGCUUUGGAUAUGCUGUAAAAUAGUUAAAAAUAAGAGACGCGUAUUUUUUAUUUGUGUACAUACACAAAAUACGUAUAUCUUAUCUUUAGCCAAUUCGCAACAUACAUGCGGGGGUGAUCACGUGUGCGUGUCUUUCCUCGCAAGAAUAUAUUUGAUAUUGAUUUGCCUGUAUCGCGCGGAUUUAGUCGAAUCUUCCCCCAGCGUUUUCAAUUGUAACUAUAUAGUAUCGAGUUUAAUGCGAAAUAUAAUCUAACUGUUCAAGUUUGACCAAGCUCGUUGCCAAGCGUGUCGCCUUUUCGUCACAGCGGCACGCUCGAGAGUAUUAUCGAUUACGAAGCGCGUGCAUUUAAAGCAAAAAAAAGAAAGGGAUACGUCGGUAUGCUCGGUCUGUGAUCGUACAAGCGCGUUUGUUGUGUGCAAU